AUGGAGUGGAGUUACCUGUUGGAAAUCACCUCGCUGCUCGCCGCCCUGUCCCUGCUGCAGCGCGCCGGCUGCGCCGCCGCCUCGGCCGCCGCCGCCGCGUCCUCCUCUUCCUCCUCGGCCAAGGAGCUGUCGUGCCAGGAGAUCACCGUGCCCCUCUGCAAGGGCAUCGGCUACAACUACACCUAUAUGCCCAACCAGUUCAACCACGACACGCAGGACGAGGCCGGGCUGGAAGUGCACCAGUUCUGGCCGCUGGUGGAAAUCCAGUGCUCCAGCGACCUGCGCUUCUUCCUCUGCAGCAUGUACACCCCCAUCUGCCUGGAGGACUACAAGAAGCCGCUGCCGCCCUGCCGCAGCGUCUGCGAGCGGGCCAAGGCCGGCUGCGCCCCGCUCAUGCGCCAGUACGGCUUCGCCUGGCCGGACAGGAUGCGCUGCGACCGCCUCCCCGAGCAGGGCAGCCCGGACACGCUCUGCAUGGACUACAACCGCACGGACCUCACCACGGCCGCCCCGCCGCCCGCCAAGCCCCCGCUCCGCGGCGCCAAGCCCGGCAGCCCCGCCAAGGCGCCUCCCGCCGCCGCCGCCCCGCCGGCCGAGGCCCCGCGCAAGCCGCGGCCGCCGCCGCCCUGCGAGCCGGGCUGCCAGUGCCGGGCGCCCAUGGUGUCGGUGUCCAGCGAGCGGCACCCGCUCUACAACCGCGUCAAGACGGGGCAGAUCGCCAACUGCGCCCUGCCGUGCCACAACCCCUAUUUCAGCCCCGACGAGCGCGCCUUCACCGCCUUCUGGAUCGGGCUCUGGUCCGUGCUCUGCUUCCUCUCCACCUUCGCCACCGUCUCCACCUUCCUCAUCGACAUGGAGCGCUUCAAGUACCCCGAGCGCCCCAUCAUCUUCCUGGCCGCCUGCUACCUCUUCGUCUCGCUGGGCUACCUGGUGCGGCUGGUGGCGGGGCACGAGAAGGUGGCGUGCAGCGGCGGGGCGGGCGCGGGCGGCGCGGGGGCCGGGGCUGCGGGGGCCGGCGGCGGCGCGGCGGCGGGGGCGGCGGCGGCGGGAGGGCGCGGCGCGGCGGGGGGGGGGGGCGGGGGGGGGGCGGGGCUGCAGCCGGAGUUGGCGGUGGCCGAGCACGUGCGGUACGAGAGCACCGGCCCAGCGUUGUGCACCGUGGUCUUCCUGCUCGUCUACUUCUUCGGCAUGGCUAGCUCCAUCUGGUGGGUCAUCCUCUCCCUCACCUGGUUCCUGGCCGCCGGCAUGAAGUGGGGGAACGAGGCCAUCGCUGGCUACGCACAGUAUUUCCACCUGGCCGCCUGGCUGCUCCCCAGCGUCAAGUCCAUUGCUGUGCUGGCGCUCAGUUCUGUGGACGGGGACCCCGUGGCUGGCAUCUGCUACGUGGGCAACCAGAGCCUGGAGAACUUGCGGGGCUUCGUGCUGGCACCGCUGCUCAUCUACUUGGCCAUCGGCUCCAUGUUCCUGCUCGCUGGCUUCGUCUCACUCUUCCGUAUCCGCAGUGUCAUCAAACAGCAGGGUGGCCCCACCAAGACCCAUAAGCUGGAGAAGCUGAUGAUACGCCUGGGACUCUUCACCGUGCUCUACACUGUGCCAGCUGCCAGCGUGGUCGCCUGCCUCUUCUACGAGCAGCACAACCGGCCACGCUGGGAGGCCACGCACAACUGCCCCUGCCUGCGUGACCAACAGCCUGACCAGGCCCGCCGCCCUGACUAUGCCGUCUUCAUGCUCAAGUACUUCAUGUGCCUGGUGGUGGGCAUCACCUCCGGCGUCUGGGUCUGGUCUGGCAAGACCCUUGAGUCCUGGAGAGCCCUCUGCACUCGCUGUUGCUGGGCCAGCAAAGGUGCUGCCGUGGCUGGGAGCGCAGGGGCAGGAGCAGGUGGGCAGGCAGCAAUCACCGCAGCAGGAGGACUUGGGGCUGGAGGUGGUGGCUCACUCUACAGUGAUGUCAGCACUGGCCUGACGUGGAGAUCAGGCACUGCCAGCUCUGUCUCCUAUCCCAAGCAGAUGCCCCUGUCUCAAGUAUGAGGAGGGCAAAAGAGGCCAAAGGUUAGGGAUUGAGGGACACUGGCCUGCCUAAAAUGCCCCCUCACUGUUUGGUGCCAUUAAUGAACCCCUAAUGGUCCUUAUUAGCCACAGCUUGUAUAGAACAAUGCAGCUGGCAGAGGCCCCAGGCUCCAACCCCCUCCUCCUUCCCCUCCAUUCAUAUGCAGGGAGCAUGUACUUCAAGGAGCCAGCUUAUUAUUUUGCUGGCAGAGGAGGGUAGAGGCUCACCCGUGUCUUACAGAGGGCAAGGCACAGCGCUUCUGAGUCACUCUGGACUAACAGCAACUCUUUACUCAAGGGAGGGAGGGUCUUCCUCCCCCCAGUCCUGAGGUGGGAGUCUGCUGGGACUGCAGGUUUUUGAGAUGUUGAUGACCAGGCAAAUGCCUUACAAUAUAGACUGAAACAAAACAUGUCUUAAUUAUACACCCCAGCUAAAUACGGGUUUCCUACAUUAAAGGAUGUAUUUAUAUAAUUAUUUGUUACCUUGUACAGAUGUGUAAAAUAUGUAUAUAUCCAAAGCUAUACAGUCUGUAAAUUUUUUUGUAAAAAUGUUUAGAGGCUACUCCUGUAAGAGCAAAUAUGAGUAUUCUAUUUUGUCAAUAAAAUGACUUUUGAUAAAUGA